CCGGUUUUACAGUUUGAUAAAUUCGGGUUGUCAUAACUGUCGGUUAUUAGUCCCGUUUCGUCCGUCGUUCAUAGCUUUUCUUGUCGUGCCCUAAAUCAGCGAGCCGCAGUAUCAUUCCCGGCGAAUCUGACUUCCUCUUCCUCUUCCUCUUCCUCUUCCGUACCCCCAAGUUUGAUUCUUUCAGAGGAACAAACGUGUUAUCCAACCUUAUAAUGUUUUCUGGCAUAAAGAUCAUACCUCGUGAUGAGGUGCUUGAUGAUACUUCGGAUAGAGAAGACAAGAAGGAUAGAAGAAGAAAGAGCAAGGACGUUGAUAGAAAGGAAAGUAAACGACAUGGCAAGAAGAUUGCCAAUAGUGGAGAUGAUGACGACGACAACGACAACGGGGAUAUUGCUAGAAGGAGGAAUGGUCUAGAUUUUAUGCUGCAGCCUACACGAAAGGCUGAUGAUCUAGAUCCUGCUUUAGAUGUAGAGGAAAAACUGGAAGAGAGCACACAUGAAGAGGUGAUUAAAGUAAACCCAAGAGAACUGAAUCCUUAUUUGAAAGGAAAUGGGACCGGUUAUCCAGAGGAAGAACCUGAGAAAAGAAGCGGUAUAGAUAAGCUCUUACCAACUUCUGUUGUUGGAGAUGGAGGUGCGAGUUGGAGAAUGAAAGCACUCAAGCGUGCAAAGGAACAGGCUGCGAGAGAAGGACAAAAACUUGAGGAGGUUGCUGGAGAACGAUGGGGUUCACUUGGUAACCUUGUUGAGUCUGUGGCAUCUCAAAGAGCAGCUCCUUCUCGUGCCCAUUUGAAUGCUAUUAAUAAUAGAAGAAGAGAGAACAAUGGAGACAAUGAUAAAGAGAAAAAGUCAGAAAGAGUGUCUGAGAAGGGAAAUGGUCGGGACUACUUGAAGGAUGACUCAAUUCGUCAUCGUACAUUGAGAGCCCCUAAAACUGAUCCUUCGUUAUCCUGGGGGAAAAGAAAGGGUCAGACUCAUAGACAUGAAGACUCGAAGCUGAUAUCUGAAGCUGCAUCUCACUUGAAUAAGUUCACCAAUGAUGGAAGCUUCAUGAAGCAAAUGCUUUCUAAGCAGAAGAAUGAACCAGUAGAGCCUCGUGAAGAUCACAGAAGCGACUCGGAGACCAAAAAAGAUGGUGGUGAAGGGACUAUUCCCAAUAUAGAAUCUUUAAGUGUGAACCAACUAGCUGCUAAGGCCUUACAGCUCCGUCUGAAAGGGAAACUUGAAGAAGCCCAGAAACUUACGGAAGAAGCAGAGAGGCUGAAAGCAAAGCAAGCCGUUGGAGACGAUUCAUCCAAAGAACAACACUACGUCAGAGCAGCGAGGUAUCCUAUCAAAGACAUGUCAGGUAAGAGGAAGAACGAAGAAGAUGACACGGAUAUGCAUCUAGCCAAAAGCAUAAUGCAUAACAAACUGUACAAAACAUCUAACCAAGCUGCUGAUGAUGAGUAUGACUACGGAGACGCUCCAAGCAAAAAGUCCCGGAAGCGGGAAAGCAGCAACGUUCCUGAAAAAGACAACCGUGUGAAACGCAUCAUGACACAGCAAGAACGCUGUCUCUUCUGUUUCGAGAACCCAAAGCGGCCGAAACACUUGGUUGUGUCAAUCGCAAACUUCACCUAUCUCAUGUUACCGCAACAACAGCCCCUUGUCCCAGGCCAUUGCUGUAUCUUACCAAUGCAGCACGAGGCAGCCAGCAGAAGCGUCGACGACAAUGUUUGGGACGAGAUCCGGAAUUUCAAGAAGUGUCUUAUUAUGAUGUUUGCGAAAGAAGGCAAAGACGCUGUGUUUCUGGAGACGGUGAUCGGUUUGUCUCAGCAGCGACGCCACUGUAUGAUCGACUGCAUCCCGAUCCCUCAGGAGAUAGCGAAAGAAGGACCUCUCUACUUCAAGAAGGCGAUCGACGAAGCAGAGAGCGAGUGGAGUCAGCACAACGCGAAGAGGCUCAUAGACACUAGCGUGAAGGGCCUCAGGAACUCGAUACCCAAGAACUUCCCUUACUUCCACGUGGAGUUUGGUCUGGGAAAAGGGUUUGCUCACGUGAUUGAUGAUGAGCAGGAGUUCAACAGCAAUCUUGGACUGAAUGUGAUCAGAGGGAUGCUCGAGUUGCCGGAAGAAGACAUGUAUAGAAGGAGAAGGUAUGAGUCGGUGGAGAGCCAGAAGAAGGCGGUUGUGAGCUUUGCACGCCAAUGGGAACACUUUGAUUGGACGAAACAGCUCGACUAGACGAUCUAAUGGUUUGGGAACUCAUCAUAUGUAUUCUCUUUUUGUAAACAGAAAGAUUUCUUAAAGACUUCGCACAAAAAAAAAAUUUCUUGAAGACAAA